CUCAUCCCCAAUCGCUGAAAUUACUAUUUCCGUGUGGGCAGCAGGGAUGCAUUUAAAAUGGAAACAAUUUUUUGCUUAAACCAAUCCGCGUAGAAAGUCUUUCCCCGCAAAUUCUUGAAUCGCCCGCACCAGUAGCGUGGAUUUGACAGGGCACUGUCACAAGUUCCCUCUCGUUUGCACAGAGGGUGACUGAAAUUCCAAUCGAUCACCAAUUGGCUUAUUUUAUUACUGAAAGCCAUCCCCGCCCGAAUCUAAAGAGAUUUUUUUUUUUUCCUGUGCAUGUGUUUGCCAAAAUUUCAACCAAGAGGCAGCACGUGCUUCUCACAAUACGGCGAAAGGCGCGCAUUUAAUUUUCACAUUUGGCAUCCCUUUGCAUUGUUUUUAUAAGCGCGUGCUGCUUAUUCUGAUUCAGCGCGGAUUUCAGCAGCAGGACGUCCGGUGAGCGCGACUUCACUGACUGACUGAGCGCUCGAGCUGACUUUUGUUUGGUAAAAAAAAAAACUCGCACACGCAUGAUGAGCGCGCGCGGUGAGGAAGCCGCCGGCGAAGCUUCAGGAUCGCAGGAGCAGCCCGAGCCCGCCCCGGCCGAGCCACCGAAGAGGGGUCCGGGCAGACCGAGGAAACCGCAACAGGAACCCACAGGAGAGCCUGUCCCCAAACGGCCGAGGGGACGCCCCAAAGGAAGCAAGAACAAGGGCCCCUCCAAAGCAGCGCAGAAGAAAGCUGAGACCACAGGGGAGAAAAGACCCAGAGGAAGACCCAGGAAGUGGCCACAGCAAGUGGUUCAGGAAAAGCCCGCUCAGGAAAAAGAAGAGGAGGAGGCAGAGCCAGAGGAGGACUAAGCAACCACAGGAUUUUACCUCUACCUCAUCCAGCUGUCAGCUCUCUCCAAGGGAAAAGACUGCCUUGACCACUUAUUAUUGACUUCCCACUUUUGUUUGAUCGGUUUUUUUUUUUUAUAAUUUUUUUUUUCCCUCAUUCGUUUGUUUUGGUUUUAUUUGUUUGUGAUAAACACACACAACAUCUCAGAGCUUAAACCUAAAAACGACGUAAAUGCAAACAAACAUCUUGCAGAUGAUGAUUGGAGCCACCUUGCUGUUCCCACUUAAGUGUUCAAAACUGCUGUAAGCGCACAGAGUAUGUGCAGGGGUUAAAUACACAAUAUGUGCUGCAGCGGUUUCCUUGCAAUACACUCUCGUUGACUAAUUUUCCAGGCUUCAUUGGUAAAGAAGAAAAUUAAUUGGUCCGUUUUUGUCAUUGAAGUAGUCACAACAUGAGAUGCCUCCUGUAUUUUGGUGGAGCUUUAAAUGGACACACCCAUUCUGUCAUACACAAACAAACACACUUGAACACCCUCUCCACAGCACCGUGCCACCAAAGAUUUAUUUUCCCUUUUGUUUUAGAACAUUUUAGUUUAUAAAAGAGCUGACUGGCUAAGGUUUGCGGUUUACCUCAAAAAUGUCCUAGUGAUUUCAUAAUAAGCUCAAAUUCAAUGAAAUAUUCAAACUGGUGUGAAAUGCUGCUGCAUAACCUUUAAAAAUGUUCUUAAGAUAUUUUAAAGUAAUAUUCCAUGUUCAAUACAAAUGAAGCUUCAUGGACAGCAUUUGUGGUAUAAUGUUGAUUACCACAAAAAAAAUAUCUAUAUAUAUUUUGACUUGUCCCUCCUUUUCUUUAAAAAAAGAAAAUCUGGGUUACAGUGAAGCACUUACAAUCUAAGUAAAUGGGGCCAGUCUGGAAAUGUUAAAAUACUCACUCUUUCAAAAGUGUAUACAUGAUGAAAACAAUAUCUGUUAACAUAAUUUUAGUGUGAUAAAAUCACUUACUAACCUUUUCUGUGUAAAGUUAUAGCCAAUUUUACAACUUUGUUGCCAUGACGACGUAACACUCAACCCUUAAAUGACUAAAAGCGAUUAUUUAAACAACUUUACAGCUCAAAUAAUGCAGGUUUUAACAGAAGAAUUUAUGUAAAUGCUUUUAUAAAAUUAUAAUCUUCACAUUUCUGCCUCUAAACCUAGCUUCUUUUAAAGAGGGAGAAGUCAAAAUAAUGUUUGGUGGUAAUCAACAUUAUGCUGUAAAUGCUGUCGAUUGAGCUUAACUUGUUUUAAACCUGGAAUAUGACUAAGAAUGUUAAUCUGUCAGAAAUUGUUGCUUGCGAUGCAUUAGUAAUUUCAUCAAAAUGACAGUGAUCUUUAAAAGAUCUGCCUUAUUUGGGUAUUAAAUUGCGGUCAGACCCACUACCCUGUUAGUUAACUGAUUGUGAGUGUAAUUUUUGUAAGAAGGUAAGAGUUUAUCAAAGACGUUUAAUUCCUUGGAGGCAAAUUUGAACCUAAAAUUUGAUUACGCAUUCUUUUAUUGUUGGCGCAAACAUAAAUGGCAUAUGGUCAGUAAUUUCCAGCAUUACUACAGAACAAUGACGCAGCCUUCUACUGUACAUAUCUCGCACACAUAUGUACAUAAUUGUUUUCAUUUUUUUGUAUGGCAUAGCUUUAAGAACAUAAUAUCCAAGCUCAACUAGAGGGAAAUGUAUCAACUCAGAUUGCUUCAAGACCUAAACCUCAAAAACCACAGGAACAAAACCACACGAUACCUCAUUACUUACAAAAAUACCUGAACAGCAGUGACGGCGUUAUGUCAGAAGACACGAAAGAUGUUCAGUCGUAUGCCAGCACUGUCACCAAUGCAAUAUCUCCUCUCCAUUUCAAAGCUACCUCUGAUUUCUUCAACCAGCAAAUCAGUUUGAGAAAUGCACGCUGCUAUACAGUUCUCAUUACAAAGCAGGGGAUGGCAGUGAGUGCCAACAUUGAAAAUGAACCUUGUUAAAAUGUUGUCGUAACUUGGCAUGAGGGCGCAGCAAUGCUCUGCAAAAUGUUUUUUGUGAGUGUCGUGCAGGAAAUAACUGAAAUCUGAGGUCUGUUUGUAGUCAUAUGUAGAACUAAUCAUGCAGCUAAGGGAAAAAAAGUACUGUUCUUGUUAAUUUUUUUUUUUUUUUUUUUCACAUUAGCAUCUGACAUUUGUAACAAGACACUCUUGUCUCUACAACUGGGAUGUCUGUUUUACAUUUUUAACUUGAAUAUAUAUAUUUUGUACUGAUUUACUCAAUGGUUUCUAAGGAUCAAGUGCUUGUACAACACUAAAUGACAUAGUUGCGAAUGGAUUUUUCUUUUCUUACGUAUUUUUUUUCUCCACUAUUGCUCUGAGUUUAUAGUUUUCGUUUUCUCUAUGUACUAUUCAGAUAUGUACCUCAAAAAAUUUAUAAAAAUUGACAUAAUCAGCUGACAAAUACCUACCUCCAGUCUUGAAAAAAUUUAACGAUUUUUGAUGUCUUAGUAUCAAUUCAGGUACUGAAAAUUACAUUCGGACUGCACAAGAUCCUGUUUUACAAAUGUUUUAAAUUUGAAUCUUGGUCAUCUUGAUUCAACUGGGGGAGAAGACAGAUAAGAAAAACAUAAAACACAUCACAUGAAACAAAAAGAAAUAAACUUGAAACUUUCAGGUUUAAAAAACAUAUAUAUAUACAUUUGUGCUCAAAAGUUUGCAUACCCUUGGAGAAUUGGUAAUAUAUGUACCAUUUUUAAAGAAAACAUGAGUGAGCAGGUAAAACACAUUUCUUUUAUUUCUUAUGGGAUUCAUAUUCAGCUGUAGGUUAUAACAGAAUGGCACAAUCAUAAAACAAAACAUGGCAACAAAGAAAAAAAUGAAAUGACCCCUGUUCAAAAGUCUGCAUACCCUUAGUUCUUAAUACAGUGUAUUGCCCCCUUUAGCAUCAAUGACAGCGUGUAGUCUUUUGUAAUAGUUGUCUAUGAGGCCACAAAUUCUUGCAGGUGGUAUAGCUGCCCAUUCGUCUUUGCAAAAUGCCUCCAGGUCAUGCAAAGUCUUUGGUCGUCUUGCAUGAACUGCACGCUUGAGAUCUUUCCAGAGUGGCUCGAUGAUAUUAAGGUCAGGAGACUAUGAUAGCCACUCCAGAACCUUCACCUUUUUCUGGUUUAACCACUGGAGGGUCAACUUGGCCUUGUGCUUAGGGUCAUUGUCGUGCUGGAAAGUCCAAGAGCGUCCCAUGCGCAGCUUUCGUGCAGAAGAAUGCAAAUUGUCUGCCAGUAUUUUCUGAUAACAUGCUGCAUUCAUCUUGCCAUCAAGUUUCACAAGAUUCCCCGUGCCUUUAGAGCUCACACACCCCCAAAACAUCAGUGAGCCUCCAACAUGCUUCACAGUGGGGAUGGUAUUCUUUUCACUAUAGGCCUUGUUGACCCCUCUCCAAACAUAGCGCUUAUGGUUGUGACCAUAAAGCUCUAUUUUGGUCUCGUCACUCCAAAUUACAGUGUGCCAGAAUCUGUGUGGCGUGUCAAGGUGUUGUUGGGCAUAUUGUAACCGGGCUUUUUUGUGGCAUUGGUGCAGUAAAGGCUUCUUUCUGGAAACUCAACCAUGCAGCUCAUUUUUGUUCAGGUAUCGUCAUAUUGUGCUCCUUGAAACAACCACAUCGUCUUUUUCCAGAGCAGCCUGUAUUUCUGCUGAGGUUACCUGUGGGUUUUUCUUUGUAUCCCAAACAAUUCUUCUGGCAGUUGUGGCUGAAGUCUUUCUUGGUCUACCUGACCUUGGCUUGGUAUCAAGAGAUCCCCAAAUUUUCCACUUCUUAAUAAGUGAUUGAACAGUACUGACUGGCAUUUCCAAGGCUUUGGAUAUGUUUUUAUAUCCUUUUCCAUCUUUAUAAAGUUCCAUUACCUUGUUACGCAGGUCUUUUGACAGUUCCUUUCUGCUCCCCAUG